AUGAGCAUGGGCUGCGAGAAGCACGACCUCCUGUCGCGGUUCAUGGCGAGCCAGGGCGAGAGCUACACCGAGACGGCCCUCCGCGACGUGGUGAUCAGCUUCCUGCUCGCCGGCCGGGAGACCACGUCCUCCGCGCUCACCUGGUUCUUCUGGCUGCUGUCCUCGCGCCCGGACGUGGAGCGCCGCAUCCGCGAGGAGGUCGCGGCCUCGGUGUGGGGCGAGGACGCGCGGGCGUACCGGCCGGAGCGGUGGCUGGACCCGGACACGGCGGAGGGGACGUUCCGGCCGGAGAGCCCGUUCCGGUACAUCGUGUUCCACGCGGGGCCGAGGAUCUGCCUCGGGAAGGAGAUGGCGUACAUCCAGAUGAAGUCCAUCGUGGCGUGCGUGGUGGAGGAGUUGGAGGUGGCGGUGGACGGCGGCUACACGCCGCGGCAGGUGGCCUCGCUCACGUUGCGGAUGGCCGACGGGCUCCCGGUCAUGGUCAAGGCUAGAUCCUAG